AUGGUGCCACUGAUCGCGCUGUUGCUGGUCUUUCUUUUCGAUGUAGCGCAGUGCAUCGACAUGCUGCAGCUGCGUACUGUAUCGCCAACCUCAUCGCAGCAAUUUCACGCCUCAGCUGCAGCAUUCGGAGCCGCUUUACCGCAGGUGUCCUGGCCUUCUGCUUCCUAUUCACGCUCCACCGGACAAUUGCUAGUAAACAAAGCAUUCAGGACGCCGGAUCAAUCGCGGAGACUCGUGCAGGCACAGAUGACAUCCGACUGCAGUAAAGUGAAGCCCGUAAACGAAGAAAUGGUCGCGUUACCCGAGCAGUCGGCUCUGCUGAUCCCUCGCAGCGUCACAUGCUCCGUAGAGCAGCAAGCUCUAGCAGCACAGCAGGCGGGCGCGUCCCUAGUUAUUAUUCGCGACUCAAUAGCGGGCGCCUUUGCUGCGGAGCUGAGUCACAGUGUGUACUAUGACUGUACGCUUGGAGAGGAGACAGUGACGACCAAUAGCACCGUGUUCCCGGAGCUCGCAGACCCUUUUUCGGCCUGGACAUGCUCCUCCACGCCAGCGUGUGUGACAAAUACUUGUGUACUUACGGGGAAGACGGCGGAUAUGUCAACCGACCGCUUCCAAGCCUGUUGCUUUAUCAGUAAUUGGCUACAAAUGCAGCCGGUAAAGCAAGAGCGCACAUUUGUGGGUCUUGUGGUGAGUAUUCCCGUUUUAUUAGUCUCGUUCCAGGACGGCAAUAGAAUCGACGAUGCAGUGCGUAUUAUCGACGACACAGAUGUACUGGUAUGGGCGUUCAACACGGAGGAAUCGCCGUGGAAUGUGUCGAUGCUGUUGACGUGGAUGCUUGGGGUGUUUGCGGUUGUAGUGUCCGCGUAUUAUUCGUGCAGUGAAGAGCGCCAACUUUCGUAUGAUCAAAUGGCUCGAAUACUGACCGGAACGCUGGAUCGGAACCCUUCCAGUAGUUCCAUCUCGACGUUAGUGGAGUCGACAGCAGCCAAUGAGUACGCGAGUAUCGACGACGACAGACUGGAGCUCAGUAGCAAGCAUGCAUUAUUCUUUCUAGUAGGAUCGUCGUGUCUGCUGCUGCUACUGUACUACGUGCAUCUGGCUCUGAUUCUGAGCGUAUUAUUCGCUCUAGCUGCGAGUGCAGCACUCUCCCAUGUGUUCACGCUCCCUCUAGUGGCGAAGAUGGUGUCUCCAAAUAGUGGGAAUUGUCAGUUUCUUGUACUGCUUUUAGUGAUGUUGACGGCUCCAGCGUUGGCUGUGUGCUGGUUUCUGGCUCGAUCUCAGGCGUGGGUUUGGCCGAUCCAGGACUUCAUGGCGCUGACAGUCGGUCUCGUAUUCAUCGACGUCGUCCGGCUUCCGAAUCUUCGAGUGGCUACAAGUUUACUGACCGCAGCAUUCAUCUACGACGUGUUCUUCGUCUACAUUUCGCCGCUAAUUUUCGGCUCUAAUGUCAUGGUAGAUGUGGCGUCUGGAGGUGCGAGUACGCGGUUAAGUGCGGUUGCAGAUGGCGAGGAGGUUACUGUGCAGCCGACACCGAUGGUGUUGAGUGUCCCACUGGUAUUCUCAGUGUAUGGAGGAUAA